CUACGUCACAGUGACCUCACCAAGAUGGCGGCGCCCGUUAUCAGGCACAGCGGGCUCGCUUCCGUGUUGGGAGAAAAUUGGGAGGUUUUCUCUUUAACUCAGUUCUUAUCGCCCAGGCGGCUGCGUCCGGUAACGAGAUGGAGUCUGCGGGGCCGACUAAGCUGGAGUUCGCGGUGCAGAUGACGUGCGAGAGCUGCGCAGUUAAAGUCCGAGCUGCUCUGGAGGGUAAACCAGGAGUGUCGUCCGUCAGCGUGGAUGUCGGCGAGGAGCGGGUGUUGGUGGAGUCGUCCCUGACCACCGCCGAGGUGCAGGCCCUGAUAGAGAGCACCGGGCGCCGCGCCGUGCUGAAAGGCAUCGGAGGAUCGGAGCACGACCUGGGCACAGCUGUGGCCAUGCUGGCUGGGGGGGGUGGGAUCCAGGGGGUGGUGCGUUUCCUGCAGCUGUCCGAGCAGCGCUGCCUGAUUGACGGGACCGUCGACGGGCUGGAGCCCGGCCCCCACGGCCUCCACGUCCACGCCCUGGGGGACCUCACGCGGGACUGCCUCAGUUGCGGAGAGCACUACAACCCCUUUGGGAGACAACACGGCGGUCCAGGGGACUCCGAACGGCAUGUGGGUGAUCUGGGGAACAUCGUUGCGGGACCAGAUGGCAGAGCCUCAUUCAGGCAAGAGGACAGUCAGCUAAAGGUCUGGGAUGUGAUUGGCCGAUCGUUGGUGGUGGACGCAGGCGAGGACGACCUGGGCCGGGGAGGUCACGCCCUCUCCAAGCAGACCGGUAACUCUGGGGAGAGACUGGCCUGUGGGAUCAUUGCCCGAUCGGCCGGCCUCUUCCAGAACCCCAAACAGAUCUGUGCCUGCGACGGGGUGACGCUGUGGGAGGAGAGGGACCGGCCCGUCGCCGGGAAAGGUCGCAGCAAGGUCGGCGGGGAGACGCCGGCGGCUCACCUCUGAAGCGCCGACGCAGCGACAACAAGACGGCGAACCUCGUCCCGUGGCCCUUUGAUGCGUUUCCAGGCGGCUGGACGGGCGGCCGAAGAAAAAACCGCCGUAUCGUGCGCUUUGCUGUCCGAAAGGUGUCGGCCUUCUAGGAGCAGGAGAGGAAACAGUCCAGAUGUUUCCGAGGGGUCCGUUGAAGGAACCUCUGCUGAACAACUCAAGUCCGCUUGGGAAAGAAAAUAAAAUUACAAAUUGCACUUGAUUGAUGCUGAUAGAAGUAUACUAAUGAUGUACAGGAAUGCACACUUAUUGAUUUCUGUUGUGUGUAUUUGUAUGGUGGGGGGGGGGGGUGCCAUGUCGGCCAUAUUGGCCAUAUGAGCGCGCGUAUCGAGUUUUGCAUCGAUUGUUCAAAUUGAGCAUCGGUCUAAUGCCUGAAUAAGAAUAUUGAAUUUUCCCCUCAAAUUUUCAGUCAGUGUCCAAUUUUCCAUUUCUGUCUCAGGGCUUUGAACGCCACUUGAGUGUAGGGCUGGCCUUUGUUUUAUUUUAAUAUUAUGAUAUAUUUGUGGGGGGGGGGUGGUUUCAGAUCAGUAUCUAAUGAAAUGACAGAAUUGAUUAUUUUGUGAAAAUAACAUUUACAGUGAUGUAAAUCAGAGAGAAUAUAAAACUUGCUGAUUCAU